CAAGAACUCUUACAAAAAGGCGCAAUGCAUCGAUAGCAAUGCCGCGCGCAUGCAAUCAAUCUUGUGAUCGAUGCUACAGUAUCAAGGAGCGGUGUUCCUGGGUGGAAGGCUCGAGCCAGUGCAUGCGAUGCUCCCGCCUCGGCUUCACCUGCAGCAAGACCCGCCAGGCCAAAAAGCCCGGUCGACGGGUUCUGUCCGCCGCAGCACUGCAGGCCAAUCGCCCAAACACCAAAAGCACCAGCUUACUGCCGAGAGCUUUUCCGUCGGCCGGGCAGAUCAAUCUGAUCUACCACUGGAUGUCCAACUAUGAGACCUUUGACCGCUUUCUCCUGGGCCCCGCCUUCUGGCCGCGCCACUGCGCAGCGCUGAUGACGCAUCUGGAGCACUCGCAGUCCGUUCUCGAGCAUGCCUACCUGGCGUCCGUGCUCUCCGCGACAUACUCGGCGGAGAACAGCCUCCACACCAGCCAGCCUGCAGAUGGGCUGUCCACGGUCUACCGGCACGCCUCCACCGCGCUGCGGAGCCUGCGCGAACUCCACGUCACGGAUCGCCAGCAAGCAUCCACGUGUCUCGUCCUGGGCACCAACAUCAUGCUCUUCGCCAUGUUCCAGCGACCCGAGAACGUCUUCACGCUGUGCCGGCAGACGUUGGUCCUGGUCCGCCCCGUGUACGACACCAUCGACGGGCCCGACCCGGAGGACUUCUUCUUCCUGACGGGCACGAUGAUGCUGGAGAUGGUGGGCAGUCUGAUCCAUGGCGCCGUGCCGGCGCUGAGGUUCCGCCCCCCGAAGUCUCCGGUGUAUGUGGAUCGCUACCUGGGGCUGUCGACAUCCCUCCUGCAGCUGCUUCACCGGGUCGGGGAGCUGAAUUCAUCACUCUCGGAUGCUGUCGGUCCCAAUGUCGCCGUCAACCCUAUGGCAUCGCGGGAUCUCGACGGGCUGGAGUCGACAGUCCUCGCAUGGCAGCCCGAUGUCCCUGAAAAUCUCUGCUCGAUGUUCUCGGCGGUCGAGAUCGCACACAUCUUCUGCCAGGUGCAGGCGAUGCGUCUGUGCGCGCUUCUGCUGAUCUACCGUCUGAAGAUCCCCUUCGGGAUGCAUGACGCACCUGCGCGAGCGAUCGCCAUCUCAAUCCUCACGCAGUUGCAAACCACACUGUCCGUAACAGGGAAGGCGGUCAAAUUCGCCAUGCUGCCCGUCCUGGUGGCCUGCGUCGAGCUGACGACCGAGACGGAACGAGACGGGUGGCUGUCGCAGGUUCCAGAGCUGGUCUGCUGCUCACGGGCGUAUGGUCUAUUCAUCCAAGGGGCUAUCCGGGCUUUCUGGACGGCCCGGGAUGCGGGGGUGGUAUUUCGAGGGUAUAAUAUCAGCCGGUUUACAUCAUGCUCUGAUGAUCGAAGCAGCCCGCAGCAAAGACCGCAAUGAAUGUGGCACUCCAUCAAUAGGUGGGACUGCUCAUAUCUAGUCUGGGUGCUCAAUCCAUGGCUCAGAUUCGGUGCCCAGUUGAAAGAGGCAGUAAAGGCGCUUCUGCUAGGCUUCACCGUGCCGAUCGCGCGAUCACCCGUGAUCAGCUCUGCGCUAAGAUGGACAUGGCGAGGGUUUCCAGGGUCAGGUAGACAUUCCUAGGGAGAACAAGAGUUUUCACGGAUCCUAGGCAUUUUGAGACCAAUUGUGUGGACGUCUAUCAUGAACGCUAUUGAAGCUCAACAUCACCUUUACCCAGCGUUCAGAUCGUAUAGCCCCGCAUCCUCGCAGAGAGCAGUUCCCCUG